CACCCACUUCCUGAUCACGGCAGAAAACAAACAUGGCGGCCACCAUGGAGCUGAGAUGCUGGGGAGGUGAUUGGGGUUUGCCUUCCGUCCACACAGAGUCUCUCAUAGUGCUGGCCUAUGCCAAGUUCUCUGGAGCCACGAUCACAGUAACUCCCAUAGACUGGACGUGGAAGACUUUGACAGGCACAGUGCCAGAGUUGGUCUACCAGGGAUCCACAAUAACCGAACCUGCUCAGAUUCUCAACUUCCUGAGAAAACAGCAGAGGUUUAAUGCAGACUAUGAGUUAUCGGCGAGGCAGGGAGCAGACACCAUGGCCUACAUCGCUCUAUUGGAGGAGAAACUACGACCAGCCCUGCUACACACAUUCUGGGUGGAUGCUGAGAACUAUGCUAACCUGACUCGGCCGUGGUUCGCUUCCCGCUCUCCCUUUCCCCUCAACUUCCUGGUCCCUGGUCGCCAUGCCAACACAGCCCUGUCCCGGAUCCUGCUGACCAAGGGAGAGUCUCCUCUACACACUAUCACUGAGGUGGAGGGAAAGAUUUACAGUGAAGCUAAGGAGUGUCUGAAUCUGCUUUCCCACAGAUUGGGGAUGGCCUACUACUUCUUUGGGAACACGCCAUGCAGUCUGGAUGCGUUUGUGUUUGGCUUUGUAGCUCCCCUCCACAAGGCCAGCCUACCCAGCAGCCCUCUGCAGAGCCACCUCAGACAGCUGGACAACCUCCAGCGCUUCUGUGACCACAUACUCAACGCUCACUUCAGCAGUCAUCCCGGGUCUCCCCAGCCGGUUCAGGAGACGGUGGAUGCCAACCUGCAGAAACUCACUCAGCUUGUAAACAAAGAGUCCAACCUCAUAGAGAAGGUCCUGCUGCUCUCGUCUCCAUGGAUGACAACCUGAGGAGCAGCCCUCAGCACAAACCCCUCAGAGCAGACCCCAGACCCAGCCUGGGCAACGACAAGAGCUCUACCCCUGCCUAACCCCUCACCUCUAGCCCUCGACCUCUCACCCCCGACCAGCCUGGUGGAUGGGAGGGGUGCUGUAUUAUACUAAACCUGGUUCUGUAAAUGCCCUAGCCUGAGUGCCAGUCUGUUUGUACUAGCAUGCCAACUCUUUCUUACUCAUUGACAAGCAAUGGAGUUGGCAAGAGCACAAACAGAUCUGGGAUCAGGCUACAAAUACCCUAGGUUAUCCUUUAAAUUAUGCAUUUGAUUGUUUUAGACAGUUUAUGCCUUGCAAGUGUAAUGAAAACUGCCCUGAAUGGAAACUAUCAAUGAAGAAAAAUAAUGGCAGAAUUGUGGACUAUUUAGAGAUGAUGAUGUCUGUAAAAAUAGAUAUGGUUUCAUGAAAUGAGGGAGAAGUGCACGGCAAAAUGGAAAAGUUUUAGUGGUUCAGAGCGGAAUGCUGAGGACUGCUACCAAAUAAGAAGCCUUUAAACAUUGAAAGGCAAGAGGCAGGAAAUGAGAAGGCCAGUUGGGUUAAAACGCUCUGAGAGAGAGGUACUGCCUUUCUACUGACCUGCUGUAAGAUAGGGAAAACCUUUUCUAACUGAUUCUAAAGGGUUUAAAUGACUGAGGCCCCAAUUCAUUCCACCCUGCAUUGUAGUAUGUAUUAAACACAGGAACAUGUGAACAUGUUUUCUUUCCUGUGGUCGGGUAAUAUCCAAAUGCAAAACUCCUCCCACAGGUACAUGUACUGUAGAUGCUCUCAGGUUUCAGAAAUAAGUUGUGUUCAUGGGCAGUGGUCGUGUAAACAAGGUUACUGCAUAAACACUAAUAUGGCAGGUUUGCUGGAAUUUAUUCAUAGAUAAGGGCUAAGUCUAUGCUAAAUAUACAAGGCAGUUAUUCUUUAGCUCUGUGGUAUAAUGGGAAAUGAAAUGUAUGGGUCACUUAAUCUACAUGUUUGUAAUGAACAGUACAGGUUGAAUUGAUGCAUCAUUUUGAGAGAUUCUGGUGUAAAUGAGGUCAUUACUGACAGGCAGGCACUGACACUGGUCUACUUGUGUUUUGAAACGUCAUAGCUACUGUAGUUGCUGUUGCACAGUCCUAAAUGAUCAGAAUCAUGCUCUUUCCUCACCUGAGGACUGACUCGACCGUUUCUCUGCUGAGACUCGACGCUCGCCCCAAAUGGCACCAUAUUCCCUAUAUGGUGGGCUACUUUUGACCAGAGCGCUAUGGGCCCUGGUGAAAAGCAGUGCACGAUAAAGGGACUACAGUGCCUGAAACAAGUUUUCCUCGAGGAUUUUGCCAGUGCAAAGCUGUAUUUCUAGCUGUCUGUGGUGGUUCCAUCCAGACCUGAUGUAUCUAUGUACAUAAUCAUUAAAUGUUAGUAUUACUUUAUGAGGGCAUGUGCUGUACAGCUGUCUAGUUUCAGUUAAUUUGUGUUCAUAUUGAAUGGGGGGAUGUUUAAUGCAAUGUAGAUUAUUUUGUUUGUUAGAAUGUCACUUAUUUUACCGAGGGAGAUGUCUAAGCCUAAAGUUUUCCCUUUAACAAAUAGAUCAUCUUUACAACUUGUUUAAGGUAGCUCUGUAAAUAGACUUUAAGUAUAUAUGUACAGUAUGUAUGCUAUCAUAUCGCUGUCGAAGUUAGCUCGUUUAAUUAGCUAUAGUCCUGCCUCUUCAUUAACAGAUCGAGUCGUUGUGAUUGUAACGCUGUAUCAUUGUAAAUACAUUUAAAUACUAAUCCAAUUUCAUUCGGUAUUGUGUCUUUAUAACGGUGCUGCUUAGAUGAAUGCGGUUCAACUCUCCUCGUGUGUUUUCUUUCUUUAGCUAAGACUGAAGUGAGUUAUUGAUUCUACAGUUGGGCUUCAUUUAUAAGGCAUACGUGUUUUAGAUUAUUGUUCAGCAGUAUCAAAAAGCACUACGUUUGUAUAUUGCCCUACAAAACGCAGUACCUAUGUUUGUUUGUUUUUUACUGCAAAAUCUGACUUCAAAGUCUUUUUAUGUAAAAGACAGCCAUUUCUGAUAUAUUCUGAUCAAAAGAUCAAAGAUUUUUGACCAAAUUCGUAGUUAUUGCGUUUUGCCUUUGUAGGCCAGGCAGUAUAUUGUGAGGUAUUUUACUUCUGAUAUCAAAUCCAUCAAGUCUGAUCUCAAACACAAACAAAAAAGGUGUAAUGGAUUCUGACUCAAAAGAUGUUGCAUAUUUUCUCUUUUGACCUCGAAUUUGCCCCAUGUUGUGGAGUUGUUUUUGUAAAGAUGUGUUUUGUUGAUCAUGAUUUUGUCUAUAUUAGUUAUGCUGUGCCUACAUCACCAUCGCCUUGUCUGUUAUGAGCAGGUCCAUCUAUUUGGGAACAUGCCUUGCAUUAGACAAUGAUGGAGAACUCUGCUAACAUACUGUACGCCAUCUCUGCCUGCAGAUGUCAGAAGUAUGUCAUUACUGCAUGUUUGAAGUAUGUCAUUUGUCUCCCACUGACAUCCAGAGACAUAUAUUUGUAUGACUCUGGUGACAUCCAGGCAUCAGCUACUGUAAUAGUGGCUCUAUUCACCUGAAUGUUCCAUGUUGUUUCCUGUGCUGUUGUUUACUUCCUUUGUUGACAGGAUUAACAGGGACUGUUCAGUGCUUAAAGGGAAUGUAUCCAUGUAGUGAAUAUUCCCUUUAAGCAAUUAAUAUUAUUCACUUCAUGGAUACAUUCCCUUUAAGCGCUAUGGAAUUAGUUACAACUUUAUUCAUUGUUUUGGUUUGUGUAAGAAAGAGAAGAAAGGUUGAAAUACAUGUAUAGGAGAAAGGGAGACAGUGUUAGGAAGGACUGGUACUGUGUGUCUUGAUAAGACUGCAGAAGCGAUUGUAUAGCUGUAAACUACUGUAACCAACUUUCUCAGAUUAAACUCAUGUUUGGAAUUGUAAUAACACUAUUGUCACUUUUAUCCAAGUUCAGAAAGUCACAGUUAGGAUUUGGCCCAUUGUCCUUAGCUGGUCAAUACUUGAAGUUCAAACAACUUUAGUAAAUUCAUUCUCCUGAGGUUUUGUGAUGGGAUGAAAAACAGAGUUUUAACCAUGAUAUUGCCAUUGUAAUAUCAUAUUCCUGGUUCAUUCUUUGUGCAUGGUUGCAAAUGAAUGCUUUCAUUUCAAUUUAAUAAAAGUAUAACCUAACCACCUAUUUAAUUUGAGUCUAUUGUAAAAUGAAGAACAACCUAAUUUACAAAAUUGCCAAUUUUCUCUUCUCUUCCCUGCCUCUCCCAUUCACUCUCACUCUCUCUCUCCUCUGGUUGUGUUGUGGCUGGGUAGGUAAAUCUCCUCUUUGUUUUGUUUUGGCAAUCAGCCUGGAAAAUAAAAGUGAUUAAACCAAUGGGAAAUUAUGCAAAGCCCUGACCUCAGAAAUAACCCUAUUUGUCUGUCAUUAAAACUGAUAGACUUUACUAGCCUGCUGCCUGUGUGUUUCUGCUCUAGCCUGGUGCCUGUGUGUUUCUGCUCUAGCCUGCUGCCUGUGUGUUUCUGCUCUAGCCUGCUGCCUGUGUGUUUCUGCUCUAGCCCGGUGCCCGUGUGUUUCUGCUCUAGCCUGGUGCAUGUGUGUUUCUGCUCUAGCCUGGUGCCUGUGUGUUUCUGCUCUAGCCUGCUGCCUGUGUGUUUCUGCUCUAGCCGGUGCCUGUGUGUUUCUGCUCUAGCCUGCUGCCUGUGUGUUUCUGCUGUAGCCCGGUGCCCGUGUGUUUCUGCUCUAGCCGGUGCCCGUGUGUUUCUGCUCUAGCCGGUGCCCGUGUGUUUCUGCUCUAGCCUGCUGCCCGUGUGUUUCUGCUUUAGCCCGGUGCCCGUGUGUUUCUGCUCUAGCCGGUGCCCGUGUGUUUCUGCUCUAGCCCGGUGCCCCUGUGUUUCUGCUCUAGCCCGGUGCCCGUGUGUUUCUGCUCUAGCCGGUGCCUGUGUGUUUCUGCUCUAGCCCGGUGCCUGUGUGUUUCUGCUCUAACCGGUGCCUGUGUGUUUCUGCUCUAGCCCGGUGCCUGUGUGUUUCUGCUCUAGCCCGGUGCCUGUGUGUUUCUGCUCUAGCCGGUGCCCGUGUGUAUCUGCUCUAGCCGGUGCCCGUGUGUUUCUGCUCUAGCCCGGUCCCUGUGUGUUUCUGCUCUAGCCCGGUGCCUGUGUGUUUCUGCUCUAGCCCGGUGCCUGUGUGUUUCUGCUCUAGCCCGGUGCCUGUGUGUUUCUGCUCUAGCCGGUGCCUGUGUGUUUCUGCUCUAGCCCGGUGCCUGUGUGUUUCUGCUCUAGCCCGGUGCCUGUGUGUUUCUGCUCUAGCCCGGUCCCUGUGUGUUUCUGCUUUAGCCCGGUGCCUGUGUGUUUCUGCUCUAGCCCGGUGCCUGUGUGUUUCUGCUCUAGCCCGGUGCCUGUGUGUUUCUGCUCUAGCCCGGUCCCUGUGUGUUUCUGCUUUAGCCUUCCACAUGGAAGCCAUUAAGUGUUUUCUGACCAGCCACACGUUUCACUUCUGCACAUGCACCAUGAAAUUUCUAAUUUCUCCUUACCUCUCUCCCUUCUUUUAUGAAGGGAAGUAUCAAAGGACAGUCAGAGGUGGUGCGGAGCCUGGAAAAGAGUCAUGUAAUUAUGUUGGGAGUGAGAUAAUAUAUUUCCUUUGGAAAAAGAGAAGGCCUCAGCAUAGUUCUGAGAUUAGGUUUUAGAUCAGGCCAGCUCUGCUAAUAGUUGUUUAUUAGAACAUUUAAAGAUGCUAAAUACCAAGUAUCAAUGCUUACAGCCUAAAGUGGAUCUAAAACCUUUUCUCUAACUUUUCCAACAAGCAAUAAAACUAUCAGUAGCCUGGGUGUCAUUUUGUGUCUGUUUUAGCCAACUAUAGCCAUCAAAUCUGGAUAUUCUUGAGAAAGGCUCAAGUUGAUAUGUGAAGAAUAAAAAAUGAACUCCACUA